AUGCGCUCCUCAAGCUCACUAUCGAUUCUGACUGCCGCUCUACUCGCUUCUCCAGCUUUGGCAUUCAGAGAUACCUCCCCUUUGUUGCUAUGGAACACCGAUCCGAGUCGAGCAUUUGAGGAAGCUUCCAAACUUUUAUCUGGAUCGGCACUAGCACCGGCCGACGAGGUUUAUGGUACAUUAUCGAGUCUGGGAUGCGAUUGGGAGACCGUAGUGGUCGUUCAUAAAGAUCAACUGCACUCAUCUCAACUCGCCAAUCUCAAUUACCCAACUCACGAUGCUCACCUUCAUAUACCGUAUUUGACCCGACCCCACAAAAGGGGAUUAGAUGGUGCAUUACAAGGAUGGGCCGAAUCGUGUGGUGCUGAGGUAGUAUCUUCCUUCGACGAGCGUGUGGAAGGUCAGAAGAAUGUGAUCCUGAUUGAAUCAGCUGAAGCAGAAUCAUUCCCCUCCAUCCCCUCCUCCCUUCCUGAACCAUACAUCCUCCUCCUCACCGGCUCCUCUUCCUCUUCCUCUUCACAGGAGAAAAGACAAGAAAGACCAUUCCCAACGCACAUCACCCAUUCAGCCAGCGCAACAACCACCUUAUCAGGUCCGACCUCCACUUCCACCUCAGAGCCCAGCAACACACCGAACAGAAACUCGACUAUCCCUUCGAAAGAUGCCCCAUUGCUGGAAAGAGUCCAAUUAUUGACUACUCCAAUUAUCACCUCAUUGUUGAUUACUUUUGGAAUCUUUUUGCCGAUCUUGGGAUUCGGUAUUUCCAUGUUGACCUCUAUUCAAGUCCCACCUAGGAUGUUGGAGAUUGGAAAAUCACUUUCGGUAGGUAAAGAUAGGAAAGAUCAAUAG